AUGACAUCCAAAGAAGUGGCCAAAUGUGAUGCAGUGGAAACCAGGAGGCGAAGUCCGCUGGACCACUUGCCCCCUCCUGCCAACUCCAACAAGCCGCUGACCCCGUUCAGCAUCGAGGACAUCCUGAACAAACCCUCCGUGAAGCGAAGUUACACAAUCUGCGGGACGGCUCAUCUGAUUUCCUCGUCUGAGAAGCACCGUCCGUCCAGCAUCCCCCUGUCCAGCCGGGCUCUGCUCACCCAGACCUCCCCGCUCUGCGCCCUGGAGGAACUGGCCAGCAAGACCUUCAAGGGGCUGGAAGUCAGUGUUUUACAGGCUGCGGAAGGGAGGGACGGGAUGACUCUUUUCGGCCAGAGAAACACCCCGAAGAAGCGUCGGAAGUCUCGAACGGCGUUCACCAAUCACCAAAUCUACGAGCUGGAGAAGCGCUUCCUCUACCAGAAGUAUUUGUCUCCCGCCGACCGGGACCAGAUCGCGCAGCAACUGGGUCUGACAAACGCCCAGGUCAUCACGUGGUUUCAGAACCGGAGGGCAAAGCUAAAGAGGGACUUGGAGGAGAUGAAGGCUGACGUGGAGUCGGCCAAGGCCAUCGGCCAGGUCCCCUUGGAGAAACUCGCCAAGCUCGCGGACCUGGAGAAAUGCGCCAACGGGACGCUCGGUCACUCGCGGGCCGAAUCCCCCGCACGGGGCGGCCAGCAGGAGCACGAGCUCGCUCAAAAACUGCGGAUGUCCCCGCUGUCUCCGUUCUCAGACCACACAACUAGUAAAGAGUGCUCGGAAGACGAGGACGUAGAGAUUGAUGUGGAUGACUGA